AUGAAUUCACGAUCAUUUAUUAUUGCUCCUUUUCGUUUUCCAAUUUAUCUUUUUAUCUUAUCCUAUUUACUUUUUUUUCAAUCUCCACAACCUGUUCAAUCAAUUUCUCUUAGUCGUCUAUGUGGCCAAUUUGGACAUUCAUGUUUUGGAGCGAAUUGGGGUAAACGUUCACCAUCAUAUGAAACAACACCACGAGAUAUGUUAUCAGAUUUGGUUAUAGAUAAUAAUAAUCCAGCAACAGUUUCUUCUAUAGUUAAAGAUAAUUUAAUAAAUGAAUAUCUUCUAGAAGAAUUUCGAUUGAAACUACUUCGACGACGAAUACGACAAUUAUUUGGAUUGGAAUAA